UCAAUUUUGCAUGGCGGACGUGCAAGUGGGUUCUGUUAUUUGUUAGUGUCUACUGAUAAUUUCAUUUAUUAUUUCUCUGAGAUUCCUUAUGGAAAGACAAAUUUUCAUGUUACUUUUUCUUUGUGGUCGUGCUUUAUUCAUUCCUUAACGUUAGAUGAUGUUAAAGUGUUAGUUUUUGUUGAAAUUAUAAGAACUGCCUAGGUUUUUCUCAAAAAUGGGAAAAUGUGACGAAGCUAAUGUCGAAGUUAGUAUGGGGGACUCGGCGUCCCCCAUGAAACCUGAUAAUUUUACCUUCACCGUACCUCCGGAGGCCCCCGUCUUCGAACCAACGCCUGAAGAAUUCCUGGAUCCUUUAGCGUACAUCAGUAAAAUCAGGCCAAUUGCGGAGAAGUCGGGGAUUUGCAAAAUUAAACCCCCUCCCCAUUGGCAGCCACCAUUUGCUGUAGAUGUCGAUCGUCUACGAUUUACACCAAGAAUUCAACGGCUUAAUGAAUUAGAGGCUAUCACACGUGUGAAGCUAAAUUUCCUAGACCAAAUCAUAAAAUUCUGGGAGCUACAAGGUUCUGUUCUGAAGAUACCUACUGUUGAAAGGAAGCCGCUGGACUUGUAUGCUUUACAUAAGAUUGUGAAGGAGGCUGGCGGUUUUGAAGUAUGUUCUGCGGAGCGGAAGUGGUCAAAAAUCGCCCGUCGUAUGGGUCACCCUCAGGGCAAAGGCAUUGGGUCAAUAAUGAAGAACCAUUAUGAACGCAUCCUCUACCCUUAUGACGUGUUCAAAAAUAACGGCGCUGUGGGGGACAAUAAGGAGACGAAAAUUGAAGUAAAAACCGAGCAAACGCCUGAAAAGGUGAACGCUCGUAGCCGGUCGAGCAGCAAAGGCCCAGCGGCAACUCCGCCCCCCGGGCGCCGGUACAAGACAUCGGAGCCCGAGGCGGCUGAAGGCAGCCACACUGAGGGAGCUUUGCCCGGGACCGAUGAGAAGAAGACGCCUAUUAAGGAGGAACCUACCGAGAAUCGGAGGAGUCCCCGUGAAAACAAAUGGAUGUCGAGUGCUGCGUCGUGUGGCGCACGCGCUCGUGUCCUAAGAUCGACGAAAUUACGCGAGCAUCGCUUGAGUAAUAUGACCGUGUCAGUUACUCCAGCACCUGUGCCUGCGCCGCCUGUAACUACGCCACGGCCUUUGGACCCUUUGGCGAAAUACAUGUGCCACAUUUGCGGUAGGGGUGACAUCGAAGAGCAAAUGUUACUCUGUGACGGGUGUGAUGACUCAUACCACACUUUCUGCCUUGUGCCACCCCUGGCUGAUGUACCUAAGGGUGAUUGGCGAUGCCCCGUCUGCUUGGCUGAGGAGGUAUCAAAACCAGCGGCAGCUUUUGGGUUCGAGCAAGCGUCCCGUGAAUACACCUUACAACAAUUCGGAGAAAUGGCAGAUCAAUUCAAAUCGGAUUACUUUAACAUGCCUGUACAUAUGGUGCCAACUUCAACAGUGGAGAGAGAAUUUUGGCGAGUUGUCUCUUCCAUAGACGAGGAUGUCACAGUUGAAUAUGGAGCAGAUCUACACUCUAUGGAUCAUGGAUCAGGAUUCCCAACAAAGUCAAGCGCACAUCUAUAUCCCGGUGAACAACAAUAUGCUGAGUCGAGUUGGAAUUUAAAUAAUUUGCCUGUUUUGGAGGGUUCAGUAUUGGGACAUAUUAAUGCUGAUAUAUCAGGCAUGAAGGUUCCGUGGUUGUAUGUCGGUAUGUGCUUUGCCACAUUCUGCUGGCACAACGAAGAUCACUGGAGUUACUCAAUCAAUUACCUACAUUGGGGUGAAGCGAAGACAUGGUAUGGAGUACCAUCCUCCAAGGCGGAACAGUUCGAGGCAGCAAUGAAGGCCGAAGCCCCAGAGCUGUUCCAGCUGCAACCAGACCUGCUGCAUCAGCUCGUUACCAUCAUGAAUCCCAAUGUCCUCAUGAAGGCUGGCGUGCCUGUUUAUAGGACGGAUCAGCACGCGGGCGAAUUCGUCAUAACCUUCCCUCGCGCUUACCACGCCGGGUUCAACCAAGGAUACAAUUUUGCUGAAGCGGUUAACUUUACACCAGCUGAUUGGCUAAAAAUGGGUCGCGAAUGUAUCGGCCACUAUUCGACGCUACGCCGUUAUUGUGUAUUCUCGCAUGACGAAUUAGUAUGCAAAAUGGCGUUAGAGGCAGAUUCGCUCAGUCUCACUGUCGCGUUAGCGGCCUAUAGAGAUAUGAGGACCAUGCUUCAUGAUGAGAGGAAAUUGAGGAAGGCACUCUUGGACUGGGGCGUUACCGAAGCGGAAAGAGAAGCGUUCGAACUCCUCCCAGACGACGAGCGGCAGUGCCACCUCUGCAAGACCACGUGCUUCCUCUCGUGCGUCACGUGCACGUGUACGCAACACGUUGCGUGCUUGAGACAUUUCCAUCAGUUGUGCGAUUGUUCACCCGCUGUGCAUAAACUUAGAUAUCGUUACACGUUAGACGAGUUGCCGGCCAUGUUGGAGAAGUUGAAACGCAAGUCGGAGCAGUUCCGUGAGUGGGCGGAGGCUGUGCAGAACGCGUUAGACCCCGACACGCCCAAGACUUGCGACCUCGAUGGCCUGAGGGCGCACUUGAAGAGGGCACAUGAUCUCAAAAUACACAAAACUGAACUAGUCCGAGCACUUGAAACUGCAAUAGAAGAUGCCGAAAAGUGCGCUUCUGUGAUACAACAACUUGAUUUAAAUAAGAUGAGGACACGUACGCGUCACCAUGACCCCAAAUAUAAGCUGACGAUACACGAGUUGACGUUAUUUGCCGCUGAAAUAGAUGGAUUGGCUUGUGUUUUGCCUGAAGGAUCGGCUGUCAAGGAAGUGUUACGUCAAACAGAAGAGUUCGAAGAUCGCGCGACUGAAUUACUGAAUAUGGAUUUGGAUGAAUGCGAUUCUUCUACCGUGAAAGAACUUGAGGAAGUGGUAGAACUCGGCACCCAUCUAUGUAUAGUGCUGCCCCAGCUACCAGCUUUGCAAGCGCGAUUACUCCAAGAGAAAUUCAUCGUAUCAUCGAGGGAACAUCGUGAGGACUACGCGACACUAACGCCGGAGGUUAUCGAUAAAUUACUCCAAGAAGCGGCUAGUGUUGUGCCGCAUUCCAGGGUGGAGAUCGAGAGGGCGCGGUUGUAUAAACUUAAAUUGCAAGUGGAAGAGUGGGAGACCCGUGUGAAAGCAGUACUAUUGGAUAUGAAUACAACCAGAAGUCCCGAUAUGAUGGAGGACUCGGAGCGAUCGCAUACAACAAUCACCGAAUUGGACGCUUUGUUGGCUGAAGGCGAUGAUAUUGAGGCGGCUUUGCCUUCACAACACGCUUUGAAAGCAGCUGCCGGUCACGCCAAGGACUGGUUGGCUAAGGUAGAAGAAAUGCAGUCAAAAGAAUUAUACCCAUACAUGCAUAGUGUCGAAGCUUUGGUAAAGCGGUCCAUGCAAAUACCGAUAUCGUUAUUCGAGAAGGAUCAAUUGGCAGCAGCUCUACAGUCGGCUAAGGAGUGGAAGAGAGGCACUGCUGAGAUGUUUUUGAAAAAGAAUUGGCCGUUCACCCUACUAGAAGCCCUUUCACCUCGUACGGAAACAAGUAGUCCUCGGCGACGGGGAAGAGAUAAUUCAGAGGAUCCACCUCUUUUGAAGCACUUUAGUGAAGAUGCCACGCCCACUGAGAUCGUUGCGGCGUUCAAACAGGCCGAGUUGAGGGAGUUGGCUGCUAUCAGAGAGUUGAGGUCCAAAAAUAUGCGCAAAGAGGUCAGGUCACCGCCCACAGCCGGUCUCACGUUUUGCACAUGUCAGAAACGACAAUAUGGCUUGAUGACACAAUGUGAACUGUGCAAGGAUUGGUUUCAUGCAUCGUGUAUAUCAGCUGUCCGUGAUGAAACAGAAGAUAGAGAAGAAAGCCCAGAGCCAAUAGAGUUGCCGUUCCCGUCUCCAGAAGCGAAGUUCCUCUGUCCAGACUGCACCAGAACGAAACGGCCCAGAUUACAUCGCAUCCUUGCAUUAUUGGUGUGGUUACAAAAACUCCCAGUACGGUUAGCAGAGGGUGAGGCGUUGCAAUGCGUGACAGAAAGGGCAAUGGCGUGGCAGGACACGGCAAGAGCUAUACUUUCAAGUCCCCAACUGGCUGCGUACAAGACGGAUCCCACGCAAAGGUCAUCAGCGAGCGUGGAACACGCGUACAGUGCGACGCCGCGGUCACCAAACAGUCGUACGCCAAGCAUUCUUCAAAAGCUCGAGGACGCCAUGUUGGAGGGUGAUCUUCUUGAGGUCCGUCUGGAAGAGCAAGCGCAGAUCUGGAGCGCCGUGUGGGCAGUUCGAAGUGCGGAGGGCCGUCGCUCGGGUCGCGUGUUGGAGGCGGGCAGGCGCAAGAGGCCUCCGCAGCAGAGGCAUCAUCAUCAGCUCAAGCGGAGUCGGCCUCAUGGUGUCCCAGGACCGACGGCAAAGACAGUCAAGCGAGGCUCAUCAACAACCACCAACUACCUGAAUCGGAAGCAGCCUUUGUCUUCUGCAUCAGGUCUGAUGAUGCGCAAGCAUUACAUGGCCCGACAAGAGAGGAGGAAACGGGCCAAACAUGUUCGCCACACUAGAUUAGGUGGUCAAACCCGUGGUGGUCACGCGGCAGCAAGUUCGACUCGUCGCCAGGCUGCGUCACGAAGAAGCAGUACGUCAUCUCUUUCAUCAGCUGAGGAUGAUGACGAUUGUGCGGCCGCUGCUUGUUUGAGACCUACUGGCAAAGUGGAUUGGGUACAAUGCGACGGAGGCUGCGAUCAGUGGUUCCACAUGCAUUGCGUGGGCUUGAGUCGCGGCGCGUUGCGUGAAGACGACGACUACGUGUGCGGUUCGUGCGCGCAAAAGAGAGAUACGAUACAUUAAGUAUGUACAGAUUAGAACGGCUAUGUACAGGAUAACCAUAAGUUUCAUUCACGUAAACAUGCUUUAGGGUAAGAUUCAGACUUUGAAUCUUACGUUAGACCUUAAAUUACUGCGUAUUUUUACAUGCACUCUACCAGAAGAACUUUGUAAAAUUUGUGGCUUUUUUUCUGUAUAUAAACUUAUGGUUAUUGUUAGUUUUUACCCGGACUUGCCGAUUUGUGUAUUAGAUUAAGGCUGAGCAUAUUUUUAGUAUUACGUGACCUUAUUAUACACGAACAUGAACUCAAACUCGAUCAGUUCCCAUAAAGUACUAACGAGUCCGUAGGUGUACUGUUGUGUUAAAUUGAAUCAGUUGGUAAUAUGGGAACUGAUUGUUUAGAAUACUGGAUUUGACAAUUUAAUGACCAAAUAACGUCUUGAUGAAAUUUUUAAUAUUUCAUAUUGGUCUCAAAUAAUAAUGGAGAAUUUAUAUAAAUAUUAAAAAAAAUUAUCAGUGUACAUGACAAUUAAAUUUUGGAAAAUAUAAAUAACUUCGGACUUGAAAUUACGAGGCAUUUGUCUUAAGAUGUAUUAUGAACAAUUUAACGAAUUAUAGCAUAAAUUGAGGUAUGAAUUUAUGAAUUGGUAUUCAAGCAAUACCAUUUAACCAUAUUUGAUAAAAAGGGAUUUAAACGCGAAUUAAUGAGAUAUUAAAUAGACCUUUUGACUGCUUAACAGUGGUCGCUGUCCAAAGUUUUCAAAUCGGUUAAAAUCGCGUUUAAAUUCAGUUUUAUUCAAAUAAUACACGUAUCAACACGUAAGCGAAUCGGUAUAAAUAAUAUUUAAACUCCAAAAGCAUACAAUCUAGUCAAAGCAUUUUUAUAAGACAGCGGAUUUUUUUUUAAAUUAUUCAAUUAUUAGAACUUACAUACAUAUACAUAUUAAUGCCGUUUCGCUUACAUACCAUACAUCCAAACUUUAGCUGGUAACAGUUAUAGUUUGUAUGUAUGGAGUUUGAUUUAAAACAAAUAUCAAUGAAAUUAAAAAAAUCUUACAUCUUUUGUAAUCUCGAUAUUUCCCAUUUUUUAGCAGAGAAAUCUAAUUGAAACUAACGGCACCAACAUUUCUUGACUUAUACAGUAGACUAUUGACAGCGAAAUAAUGAAUCUUCCGUCUUAAAGAUAGGGUCUCUUUUGCUUUGAUUAUUACGUGCACUUAAAGAUUGAUUAUAGGGCCCAGUCCUAUUCAUGAACGUAGCAGAAACCUCAAAGAGUUAAUAUUUUAUCUAAAUGAAAGUGUGAUUGAAAAGAUCGGGGGAUUUAUUUUUGAUUUUCUAAAACUUAAGGGUGAGAUUUGGGAACGGGAGUUACUCCCCUAUUUCAAAAUUCAAUAUAUUUUUAAAGUAUAUACUUAGCGCUAAGUCUGGAUUAAAUCUUACCCUAGCCAUCGUUUCUCAAUCAGAGAGGGUGCGGGGUUCGUCGAGUUUGUUUUAAAGGGGGUUGCAGUCUGUUGAAAAAUAAUAAAUACAAACUACAUAUAGGUACAAAAGAUUCGGUAAAAAUAGCGGGCUAUACAUAAUAAUUUUACAGUGACGGGGUCGCAAGACUGUUUUACUUAAUUUUUUGGCUUCGUGGGUCGCGAAAUAAAAAUGAUUGAGAAACGAUGUCCUAAGCGUACGUAUCGCGGGAAGUGAGUUUUGUAUUUUUUUUAAGUUUUCUAUAUAAAUAACACAAUAGUGAUAUGGAGAAAACAGCUAUUUGAGGUUUUUAGUAUGAAAAUAUAGUAAAUUGUGAUCUUCAUUUCAUUUAUUUUCAAAUAGGACAAUAACUUUGAAAAUGAUACUUUAAAUAAAACUUCUUUAUCCAUCUUAACAAGAUAUUUACCAGUUUUUGUACAUUAUUUAUGUUACGUUUUGAUUUCGAGUCUCGCUAACUGAAAAGUACUCAAAACUUCGCGUUUUAAAUAAUCUAAUAAUUCGCGUGAUAUUCAGUUUUAGACGUUUUAUAUAAAUAAUAAAGCAAAGCAUACGAAUUUUCUUUAUGACAAAUUGUAUUUUUGGCUGUCUUUGGUGGCUUAACAAACAUAAGUGAGAUUUUCCACUUAUCAAAAGUGAGAAUAAGCGUUUUCAAACGUAAAGUGAACUUUGUUCACUAAAAUUGGCUAAAUCUUUAUGAAUGAUUUUCAAUAUGUAAAUAACAAAAUUGUUCAAUGGUACACGGUUUCGAUUCCAUGGCUAGUUUUGUUGUUUAUCUAUUGGAUAGUACGAGGUUAUUUACAAUAGUGGAAACUUGAAUAAUUGUUUUUUUAUUAUUUUUAUUAUAAAUAAUACCUAUUCUACUCCCCUGUCAUUGUGUCCAAGGACUUUUUCUAUCUCUAAACUUCACAUCACAUCUCGCAAAAUUAAAUACUAAUUAAUUGUCACCUUAAUACAGAUACAAAAACAUCUUUACAUUUAAAUUUAUGAUUUUCUAGAUUUUUUGUUACGAUUUAAUAGACAAGUUGUUUUAUAUGUGAAAAUAACUUAUUCAUUAUUUAGUUUAAAAACAAUACAUUGGCUGGUAAUAUUCACAGAGUAUAGAGAAGGACAAAGACAAAUGAGAAACAGACUUGACAUAAAAGACAACUCAAGUCUAUGGAGAAAAAGGCGCGAAAUUUAAAUAUCACAACAUUUUUAAAGUUUCCACUUGUAAAUAACAGGGAUAUAGGAAAUAACAUUUGCUAUUUGUGCAUUAUGAAAUAGACUAACACCAAGUCUUGCUAAGUGGUCGCGGGCUGGAUUUAGAAUUACGGCCUUGGGAGGUGUCGAAGCCAAAAUCGAGUGUUCAAAAUUUUGUAAAAUUGAAAACGCUUCUAGAUAACCGGAAUGAAAAAUUGUAAAUAUUUUUUUAAAGCGUUAGAUGAUUUUUAUGUGUAUUUUAGAUGCGAAUGGACUUGUGUGGAUAUUGUGAAUACAUUAUUGAUUUGAGACUUCUAAGCGAAGCUCGAGGGCGUGAGAUUUUUAAUAAAACAUAUUUCAUUCAAAGUGGAAUUUAUUAUAAUAGUUUCAUUUUAUUGAUUGUAGAAGUUGGUUUCAAUUAAAUUUGUAGCACAAUAUUAAUUGCCUAACAAUCAAAUGCAUAUAUAUUUAUAUAGAAACAGUUAAAACAAUAUUAAAGUGUGUGAAGGAUGAAUAUAUUGCUGUCUCAUUUCCUCUGAGCUAAGCCUAGAUACACCUGUAUCAAAGCCUACGAAAUAGAUUCGUAUCUUUUAUGAGUAUACUAUGUGUAUAAUUUUUAAUUCUUAGGUUAAUUUUUAUCACCCCUGACGAACUUAUUUUGAAUAUUUAAUAGAUCGGAUUUAAUUAAACUUAUUUAGGAACUCAAUGGUUAUGAAAAGUGAUUGGUCUACAUACAAUUGAAUAUAUCGAGAAAGUUCCUUUCUAUAUUAAAAUAUUCAAACUGAGGUCGUCAUAUUUAAAUUAUUACCCGGUAUCUUUUGGACUGUGAUUAGAAUUUAUUCUGAUAUUAAGUUGCCAAUGUAAAAUUUUGUGUAAUGUCACUUAAACAGAUUAAGCAUAGCGUAAAGUUGUUAUUUUAUUAUAAAGCAACAAUUCAUUUUAACUAAAUAUUUUUAUUUAUAUUUUUAAGUUAUUUUAAUGAAUGAAAUCUUAAAGUACUUGCGAUUUUUGAUGUUUGAUGUUUAAAUAGAGUCAUUAUCAGCUCACCAAAAUGUCUAUGCAUGCACAAGGCAAUUUAAAAUCAAAAAGGCAUAUUUAUGAUUUUAUCUUUUGUACGUCUAGUUUUAAUUUUUUCAUCUAUUUAUACAUCGCAACAAUGGACUUUAUGCUAUGCACGUUACAGCCUUGACGUAUACGUAAGUUAUAAGAUGUAUAAGGGAUAGAAGAUGUAUCGAUCCGAGAAAUAUGUUCUUUCAAAUGUCAACCUUCGCUAUGAAAUAUUAUGGUUGAAUGUCACUUGCAUUUGAAACCAGUGCAAACAGCCUUUUUUCAAUUCAUUUAUCCCAAGUUAUACCUUGCUAAAUGAAGUUCUUAAGAUGAUAAUAACUUACGUAUACUCAGAGGUACCCUUCUGAUCUGAUGUUAAAUGUGCGAAUAGAGUUGUACAGAUGAUAGAUAUGGUGUCGUGUGUGCAACUACACCGGCGAACGAGAUGUGUAUAAACUGUUAAGUCGAUAAAUGAUUAAAAGCUCACAUCGCCGAGUAUGGUUGGACAUCGCGACCGUUAUUGUGUACCAAAUAAUAUAGACAAUUAUUAAAUA